CCAACACCGGGAAGAUGCCCGCUCAAACGUUUUCCAUCUGUGACGACUCUCCCAAGAAGCCGCGCACGCUCGUUCUAUGCUUUGAUGGGACGGCAGACCACUUUGAUGGAAAGAACACCAAUGUAGUCAAGCUGUAUGCUUUGCUCAAGAAAGAGGAUAAUGAGCAGCUGUGCUACUAUCAGCCUGGCAUUGGCACUUACCUCAAUCCCGGCGUAGUAUCUCCUCUAUUCCAGUGGGGAGCAAAAGUCCUGGACCAGGCGGUAGCAUGGUAUUUGGAAGCGCACGUGCGUGGCGGAUACCGAUUUUUAAUGCAGAACUACCAACCUGGUGACAAGAUCUGCCUUUUCGGUUUCUCUCGUGGUGCGUACACCGCAAGAGCUCUGGCUGGUAUGCUCCACAAGAUUGGCCUCCUGCCAACAGGCAAUGCGGAGCAAAUACCCUUCGCAUGCAAGCUAUACAAGCAGACCGGUCCGGCCAAUGCCCGCCUUGCAGCGGGUUUUAAACGGACAUUCUGUCGGACUGUGCAGAUCGAGUUUGUCGGCGUUUGGGAUACGGUAGCAAGCGUUGGCACUCUAUUCAGCCGCACGCUGCCAUUCAUUGCGAACAACACGACCAUCAAGACGUUUCGCCAUGCCUUGGCACUAGAUGAGCAUCGGGCCAAGUUUCGACCGAACCUGUACCACCACCCGACACCUCCAGCGCAGGCAAACGACAAGACCGCGCGCCAACAGAAUGUGGCAUCUCCACCGCCUGCAGAUCGCACCCCUCGGAAGGACUCCUCGCAACGAUUCUCUCGCGGGAUUCUGAGACAGGCUCUGCGCAAGCGCUCGAUGAACCAGGGCAGCAGCGGCGAGGGCUGGGCCACCCUGCCCACCGCCAACGCGGACCUUGGAUGGAGUCAGGAGAGUGAGAAGGCAGAAGAAAUCGUGAACGGAACCGACGUGUUGGAGGUGUGGUUCGCCGGGUGCCACUGCGACAUCGGCGGGAGCGCCGUUGGCGACGACGAGAAGCUCGCGCUCUCGGACAUCACGCUGCGCUGGAUGGUCCGUCAGAUCGUUGCGUCGCAGUGCGGCAUCGUAUUUGACCAGGCUGAGCUCUUGCGCGCGAACAUACCCGACUCAAUCUUUGGCUUCCCUGUCACGCCUCCGCUCGAAGAGAAAAGGCUACGCGAUGACCCGAGCAGCAGCACAGAAGGCUCGGGUGAGCAAAUACCAGUGGAGCGCCCAGCAGUGCUGGACAAGAUGAAUGCAGUGCAGCCAAUGCAUGACCAGCUGAAGCAGAUCCCGGUCUGGUGGCUUCUGGAGGUCACGCCUACGAGCUACAAUUGGCAAGAGCCGAACGGUCGGUGGCACACAGGCUGGAGUGUACACCUUGGCAAAGGCAGGCACCUCCCGCCAAACCCAUACUACCACAUCACAGUAAAAGAGCGCAUGCAAGACAAGGCACUCAGGUACCGUCCGCGCGCCAUCUUGCAGCACGGGAGCGAGAUCAAGUACGUCGACUAGGACUAGACGCCGGACAUACCUCUACAGUCU